AGGACGAGGCGAAGAACCUAUAGCGUGUGGACCAGCGCUGCUUAUUUUUAGAAGUCUGCUUAAUGGGGGAAAACGGAGGAGCUUGAAGAAACUGCAGAGGAAGGUCUCGACUGCGCUGCGAUGAGUUCCGAAAUCACCGCGAAGUGACGGAAUAAAAGUUACGAGUUUAACAACACUUUGCUGCAGCUCAACACAACUUAGAGUAAAACGAAGUGGCCACUGGAGACGUUGCUGCGCAGCGCAAUGGCUGCCCAGUGCGACACUUUAAGCGGAUACUUGCAGCAGUCGGACCAGGGCUCCAACAGUGAGCGCAGCACCGACUCUCCUGUGCCCGGAUCCGAGGAGGAUUUGAGUGGACCCCAUCCGCUGCCAGACCCGGAGUGGACAGAGGAGAGGUUUCGAGUGGACCGUAAGAAGUUGGAAGUCAUGUUGUUAGCUGCCUCUGAGGGGAGAGUCAACGGUGGGGAGGAUUUCUUUCAGAAGGUCAUGGAUGAGACCAAAACACAGAUAGCCUGGCCUUCCAAACUGAAGAUCGGAGCCAAAUCUAAGAAAGAUCCUCACAUCAAGGUUUGUGGGAAGAGGGAGAAUGUGAGGGAAGCCAAAGACAGAAUCAUGUCUGUCCUCGACACAAAGCAGAGUAACAGGGUAACUCUGAAGAUGGAUGUUUCCCACACAGAGCACUCCCACGUCAUCGGUAAAGGGGGCAACAACAUCAAAAAAGUGAUGGAGGAGACGGGCUGCCACAUCCACUUUCCCGACUCCAAUAGGAACAACCAGGCAGAGAAAAGUAACCAGGUGUCCAUCGCAGGGCAGCCAGGAGGGGUGGAGGCAGCUCGAGCCAAAAUAAGGGAGCUGCUCCCUCUUGUACUGUCGUUCGAGCUUCCAGCCAUCGUGCAGCCUGACCCCGGCUCUCCCACCGUGCAGCACAUCUCACAGACCUACAACCUCACAGUCUCCUUCAAGCCCCCCACACGCAUUUACGGGGCCACAGGGGUGGUCCGCGGCUCGCAGAACAACACCACAGCUGUCAAGAGGGGUACUGCUCUGCUGCUGGAGCACCUGGCCGGCAGCUUGGCCAGCGCCAUCUCAGUCAGCACCCACCUGGACAUCGCACCCCAGCACCACCUCUUCAUGAUGGGCCGCAAUGGGAGCAACAUCAAGCACAUCACCCAAAGAACAGGAGCCCAGAUCCACUUCCCCGACCCCAACAGCCCACAGAAGAAAUCCACAGUCUACAUUCAGGGCACCAUUGAGUCUGUCUGUUUGGCACGCCAGUACCUCAUGGGCUGCCUGCCGCUGGUGCUGAUGUUUGACAUUAAAGAGGACAUUGAGGUGGAGCCACAGUGUAUCACAGCUCUGAUGGAGCAGCUGGAUGUCUUCAUCAGUAUUAAACCAAAGCCAAAACAGCCCAGCAAGUCUGUGAUAGUCAAGAGCGUUGAGAGGAAUGCAGUCAACAUGUACGAAGCCCGGAAAUUUCUCUUGGGUCUCGAGAACAACGGCGUGUCGUCAUCCACACCAUCAGCGGCAGUGAGCCCCUCCACCAACGGCCCCUCCCCGUCCCUCAUCUGUCCCGGCCUGGACAUCUUGGCCUCAGCUGGCCUGGGGCUGAGUACUCUGGGUCUCCUGGGUGCAACAGCACCCCAUUCCCUCAGCAAUUCCCCUGCCCCGAACUCGGUCCUCAACAGCUUAAACUCCUCCGUGAGCCUCCUGCAGACCCCCAGCCCCAGCGCCCCCACACCUUCCGCCUCCCUCUGGCCCAGCUCACUCACCAGCACCCAAGGUUUCUCAUCUCAGCUGAUGCUGCACCCUGCCACCCAGGCCACCCUGAGCAGCAUCCUGCUGUCAGGGGUCCAAGGCUACACACAGAGUACACCGUCCCCGCCUCCUGGCCUGGCCCCCAUAGACAAGCAGCCCAAUGGGGUCCCCGACUGCACCAAGGGCCCUUGCACUCUCAAUGGACAUGCUAAGCACCCUGGCUCUGUCUAUGGGAGGAUAGCCACGGCAUCACUAGCAGAAACUGUUUUGAGCCCAACCCAGUGUGAUUCUGUCCAGGAGGCCAGUGGACACAACCCAUCAGAACCUCUGUCCAGCAAAUCCAGCCCAGACGAAGGCUCUGACACAUUUGUGGAAGUGGGCAUGCCCAGAAGCCCAUCUCACUCAGCCAAUGGGAAUGAGCUGAAGCAGAUGCUGGCUUCAUGUAAGACGUCAUCAGGGAAACGACAGGCCGUGGAGCUGCUGCAGGGCACCAAGAACUCUCAUCUACAUUCUGACUGCCUGCUGUCGGAUGCUGAGUCCAGCUCCUCUGACAGUCCUGUGGCAGAUAAGAGGGCGCCAGGCAGCGAGCGGGCAGCAGAGAGGGCAGCACAGCAGAACGAGAGGGAGAGGAUCAGGCUGGCACCACAGUCCUCCUUUGCUAACAUGCAGGCAUUUGACUAUGAACAGAAAAAGCUGUUGGCAACAAAAGCGAUGUUGAAGAAGCCUGUGGUGACUGAGGUGCGGACCCCCACCAACACAUGGAGUGGUCUGGGCUUCUCCAAGUCCAUGCCUGCAGAGACCAUCAAGGAGCUGCGCAGGGCCAACCAUGUUCCCUACAAGCCCAGCAUGAGCACCACCUACGAGGGUUCCCCGCUGUCCCUGUCCCGCUCCAACAGCCGGGAAGGCGUGGGGAACGGCAGUGACUCAGACAACUGGCGAGAAAGGAAUGGCAGUGGUAAUGGCCUGCCAAGCCACACCGAAUUCCCCACCACUGUCAGCAGCCCCAAGAGGAAGCAGAACAAAUCUGCUGCAGAGCAUUACCUCAGCAGCAGCAACUACAUGGACUGCAUCUCUUCAGUCACUGGCAGCAACGGCUGCAGCCUGAACUCCUCCCUGAAAGGCUCAGAUCUGCCGGAGCUGUUCAGCAAGCUGGGCUUGGGGAAAUACACAGAUGUCUUCCAGCAACAAGAGAUUGACCUCCAGACAUUCCUGACUCUGACAGACCAGGACCUGAAGGAACUGGGCAUUACCACCUUUGGAGCCCGCAGGAAAAUGCUGCUUGCCAUCUCAGAACUGAACAAGAACCGGAGGAAGCUUUUUGAGCCGCCCAUCAGGUCCUCUUUCCUGGAGGGGGGCGCGAGCGGUCGCCUCUCUCGUCAGUUCCAUGCUGACAUGGCCAGCGUCAGUGGGCGAUGGUAGGCGCCUCCAGACGUCCAGGCCACCCAAGAACCGUCCAUGAUAGAGACCCAGCCUCCAGUGUCUUUCUCUGCGCUACAGUAGCCCAGGUUUCUGCCUCCCUGUCUACAAGUGGCCGUUCAACCUCCUCCAGCUUAAGCUGAAUAAGACUGUUUGAAUAGUUGCCAUUGCCAUAUAUAAAAAGCCAUAGUUUUACCUGAAUUACCAAUAAGAAGAAAGGGAUUUCUCAGAUAUAUGAGGUUCAGUGUUCACUCCUUAUAGAGCCAAUAAGUCUAUCUGGAGCAUUUAUGUAUGAAGGUUAUUGUUAUAGUUAUGAAGGAAAGGGUACUGUCCAGUAUUUUUGUCCACUUUUUGUUGAAGGGAACAGGCAGAAUGAUUAGUACAAUCAUUUUACACAUUGAUACUGUUUGCAUUUAUAGUAUGCUGUUGUAUCAAUGACAUGCACUUUAACAAUACUAGACUUUUGCCUGUGAAAGCCUGAUUCCUUUGAUUGGAAUAAUAACUAUGCAUUUUUGUAUUGACUCAAAGCACAGAUGCAUUUUGUACUAAAGCCAAAUGGAAGCACUUAGCCGGUGAGAUUAGGGCGCUAAAAAUGAAGUAGAUAAUCGGUCAGCACACCAAAGUGGUAACAUCAUCAACUUUAAAACCUAUACCAAAGGAAAGUUAUCAUUGUGGCCUUUGACCUUUGGCUGCCUUCAGUGUUUUGAUUGGUGGACAUUCCUCUGAGGUCAGUUUUCGUGUCCAGCAGCAGCCACAGUUCUGCCGCCUGGUUUGUCUGUCUAUGUAUUUCUGAAAAAAAAAAAAAAAAAUCAAAAAAAAAAAAAAAAAACAAAAUCAAAUAUUUU